UGCAUGGGGCCUUGUGACUCCAGCCUGGGGCCCCGAGAGGCAGAGUCAACCUCAAAGCCACCCAAGAGGAAGAAGAAGAGAUACCUGCGACAUGACAAGCCCCCGUACACCUACUUGGCUAUGAUCGCCUUGGUGAUUCAGGCCGCACCCUCCCGCAGGCUGAAGCUGGCCCAGAUCAUUCGUCAGGUCCAGGCCAUGUUCCCCUUCUUCAGGGAUGACUACGAAGGCUGGAAGGACUCCAUCCGCCACAACCUUUCCUCCAACCCGUGCUUCCGCAAGGUGCCCAAGGACCCUUCGAAGCCACAGGCCAAGGGUAACUUCUGGGUGGUGGAUGUGAGCCUGAUUCCGGCCGAGGCACUGCGGCUGCAGAACACUGCUCUGUGCCGGCGCUGGCAGGACCACGGUGGGCACAGAGCCUUUGCCAAGGACCUGAGCCCCUAUGUGCUUCAAGGCAGGCCUUACCCCCCGCCCAGUCCCCCGCCACUCCCGAGGGAGGGCUUCAGCAUCAAGUCCCUGCUAGGGGACCCCAAGGAGGGGGUAAGCUGGCCCCAGCAGUCCACCCAGGUCAGACAGAGCAGCCCAACUCAAGUAGGCACAGGGUCCCAUAGGGAGGAGGUGGUGCCCACUCCACCCCUGUCCUCUGAGAGGCCUCUGUGGCCCCUCUGCCCUUUCCCAGGGCCCACUAGAGUAGAAAGGGAAGCUCCCCAGGGGCCAGUCGUCCGGCCAUCACCUCUCUCCCCAGAGCCCAGUACCUGGCCCCUCCACUUAUUGCAGGAUACCCCAGACCCUGAGGGACUGUCCAGCAGGAGACAAAGGGCCUCUCUGUGGGGACAGCUGCCUACCUCCUACUUACCCAUUUAUACUCCAAAUGUGGUAAUGCCUUUGGCCCCACUACCACCCACCUCCUGUCCUGGGUGCCCACCUUCAAGUAAUCCAGGCUAUUGGGGGGUAGCUCCUGAAUCCCAGGGGUCCCAGGGGCUGCUCUGGGAUCUGGACUCUCUCUUCCAGGGAGUGCCACCCAACAAGAGCAUCUAUGAUGUAUGGGUUAGCCACCCUUGGGACCUGGCUGCUUCUGCCCCAGGCUGGCUGCUCUCCUGGUACAGCCUUUGAAGAUUCUUGGACAGGGACUGCUUUUCUCUUAUCCCCAGCUUGAGGGUAAACCUAGUUUAGGAAAGUCUCAAAUGGCUACAACAAUCUUGAAGCAGCAGGCAUGGCCUUGCUGAGAAUCCUGUUUUAUUGGGUUGGUGGUCCCGGCAGGUACACCUGACCCUGGUCAGUCAUGCCUCUGCCUCCCCCAGCCCCAGGGGCAGAGCUGGAGAAGCGGGUUCAGCCUGGGGUAGCCCUUCUUGGUCCCAUCUUCUCAGGCUCACACACCAUCUAUCUGUCCAUCCAUCACUAUCUGUCACUCCUCUCCCGGGCUCCAGGCUGGGGGAGGGACAGUCGAAUGAGUCCAGGCUGAAGUCCUUCCUACCCUCCCUCAACUGUCUGGGAAGGAGGUAGCACCUUUUGAGGAAAUGUUUAAGAAAUGAAGACACAACCCUACAUAACUCUUGGGGUGAUGCUGUUGGGGAGAUAACAGUAAAGGAAUUUACAGCA